AUGGACAAAUCUGCGUUGUGUCACCUGACGGAUGCCAAUGAAAAUUUAAAAACCCAGCUCUGGGACCUGAGAGAGAUGGCCGCCAACCUCGACACUGAAAAGCAGGAGAUCCUCACAGAGAACAAGAGCAUGAAAGAGCAAAGCAGGAGCCUGGAAGCCAAAAUCGACUGUUUCAAGGCCAUGGCCGAGGACUUUCAAAAGGAAGAGGAGGAACUCCGGGGGACGCUGAAGCAGCUGGAAAACAUGAUCGUGCAACUGGAAUCCCAAAACACGACCUUGAAAGGCACCAACGAGACGCUCAGAACCGAAAUACAAAAGGUGUCCGGCCACAUCGUUUUGUUUCAAGAUUAUAAGGCUGCCCAAGACCAGGACAUCUCCCCCAUGAAACAGGUGAUGGAACACAUUGUGGGCUACUUCAAACAGCUGGAGGCGAAGAUCGAGACGGUCGAGCAGUGGCACGGCGAGGAGCGGAACCAAGCCGCCGAGCUGAAGCGCACCCUGGAUGAGCUCGAACAGAUCCGCGAGGUUCAGGAGAACCAGAUCAUCUCCCUGAGGGACCAGCUGGAGGAGGCUUCGCUGCUGAGGCUGGAGACGGACGAGGGCCUGAAGGUCCCCUCUCUGCUGCACGAGAUGGUGCAGGCCAAGCUGGUGCAGGACUCCCUGGCCAUGCAGAGCAGCCUCCUCCUCCUGCUGUCCAAAGUCAUGUGGCUCUUGCUAGCAGCGGCCGUCUGCCUGGGGUUCCUGAGUGUUUCUACCAAACUCUACCUCUUUGUCUUCAGUGAGGACUUGGAAUCCGGAAGUCAAGCGCUGCUGCUCUCAGACCGCCUCCAGCUGCUGUCAGAAGUCCUCUGUCCGCAUCAUGUGCAGAAGCCAAGUGGUUUGCUGCCCUUUUGA